AUGAAGACUCGUCAUAAAGUGGAAGAUGUCAGCGAAAGCGAUUUGGAGGUAUUUGAAAUGCCCGAAACGGUCUUGUGUGUGGAUACGAUGUGCAAUAUUUGCUAUGCCGAAUUUUUAGACGAAGAAGAUUUAAAAUUGCAUAUCAAACAAGUCCAUUUAACGGAAAAGAAUAGCUCACGAUAUUGUGAAUUAUGUUCAUCUAUAUUCACAAGCUUAGAAGAUUAUGCGGCACAUAUUUGCGAGGUACAUAUUCUAACUUUGAAGUGUUGUAGGUACUGUAUGAGAGCGUUUUCUCACGUCCCAGAAGUUACGAGACAUGAAAAAAAGCAUCUCAGCGCCAGUUAUAGAGGUUCAUUUUCUUGCUCCAACUGUAGUUUCACUUUCAAAAGUAUCUCCGAGUUGGAACAUCAUGAGUACGAAGAACACGGUGAUAGCAAAGACGGCGUGAUGUUGCAGGGCUGUUACUCCUUACUUUCUUCGUUUUUAAAUAUGAAGGCACAAACAUUCCUGCAGUCACUGGGGAGGAAUCAUGUUUAUACAUGCACUCGUUGUAAGUUCACUACACCUAACGUUGAGUAUUACAUGCAACAUUUAAAGAAAAAAAACUGUCGCUCACUAGUCUGUGACAAAUGUUGCAACGUAUAUAACAAUUUCAAGAGUAUGAAUAGACAUUUUACCCUUCACAAAGAAUGUCAUAACAAAGUGGAUAGUAAUUUGCAAAAAAAAUGUCAUAAAUGUAAUAAAUUGUUUAAUUAUGAUGAAUUGCGUCAACACAUUAAAGAAUGUGUUGCUGUGAAAUGUGCUUCCUGCGAUGUCAUCUUUGAUACAAUUGAAGAAAAAACAGAACACCAGGUGAAAUUUCAUCAAACAAUGUUUUCAAUAAAAAUUUGUAAAUACUGCCAUCGGGAAUUUGUUGGUCAAGUUGCCCUGGAUAAGCAUAUUGAGAGAUCACAUAAAAAAGACUUACAUUUAUACAAAUACUUCUGCGUCUACUGUGAUGACAUUUUUAACCAUCCAAAAAAAUUAUUCAGCCAUUUCUCAAGUAAACACAAAGAUUUGAAACCUUUUACAUGUAAAAUCUGUGAUAAAACAUUCAGAUUGAGGAAGCAAUUCACUCUCCAUAUCAAGUUAGAUCAUACAAGUGUUGGUACCGUAAAAUUUGACGAAAACUUCCAUGUGUUUUUCACGGAGGAAGAACCAAAUCCUCCAUCUGAAGUUACACAGGAAAUGCAGAUUAAUAAUGAGAACGAAAACAGUGCACAAUCAGACAUUGAGGCUGAUCCGUUAACAACAGCGUGUACUAAUAAUGAAUAUGUAAAUGAAAAUACACAACCAUUAUUAAUACCAAUGAAGAAACGAUUUGUUAAUAGAUCCCAUAAUGAUGUUGAUUUAGUUAUGUGCCCAACUGAGACUGAAGCCGAUCAAACGGAUAGUGAUAUGAAUAAAAUAACAAAACAGCCGGUAAAGCGUAAACGGAAAACAAAAACCAAAGAAACUUCAACGUGUUUUGAUUUAACUUUAGAAGAUAAUUCUGAUGAAUUUUCUGAUAAUGAACCAUUAAUACAAUUUAAGAAGCGAGUGAAGACAAAAGAGGGCCAAAAAAAGAGCCUCUUAAAUUUCAAUAAGUCUAAGGAGCUACGUAAGAACAGACACAAGUUCACAUGCAAAAUUUGCAAGAAGUAUUGCUACACCUUCCAAAACUUCAAUCACCAUAUGAGCUUGCACCAAACGCAUGAAAACAAAAAAUGUAUCAAGUGUCCGAAGGUGUUCAAAUCCAAAGUAAAAUUGAAUGCACACAUAAUAAAAGAACACUCAAGCUCCAAGCUGACAGAGACCUUAAAAACUGUAUUAGAAAGACGCAAAAAUAGCCAAAACAAACCACAAGUUAAUCAAACUAUUGAUAUUAGUACAGAAUCUAUGUCUGAGAAAUUCUCUAAAACAAUAAAAAGGGUGAAUGUUGAAAAACAUAUCACAGCUGUAGUAACUCCAGUAAACAACAAACUAUCUGUAAAGAAAUUUAUCGAGAAUUUCACUCCAGACGCAACUGAGGCAAAUAUUGAUAAAGUUGAAAUAAACAAUAGUUUAACAAUAAAAUCCGUGAACACUCCAGUUAAACCACCGCUUAUAAAAUUAAUGAAAUUCAAGCCAGAAGAACCGCCCAUGUUUAUCAAAUUGAAACCACCUGAAAGAUUUAAAGAGUCAAUAUCUGAGCCGUAUAAUGUUAGCAUAAAAUUAGUUCAGAAGCCACUAGCAAAGCCAAAGAUGAAUUUCGAUGCACCACAAGAAGAGUAUGAACCAGUUGUUGAGAAUCAUUAUGAAGAACUAACAAUGGAAGAUUCAUAUAAUGAUAUAAAUGAUGAUACAAAUGAAACAGCCAUACCAGAUGUCGCACAAGAGGUACUGCUGGAAGGAACUGACGAAACAUCUAAACCUAAAAAUGUAACGCAUAGAAUUGUAUUACCUAACCUACCGAAAGAGUACAAAGAUGUACAUAUUGCUCAUUUGCUUCCCGAAGCACCUUAUUACAAAAUUGUUAAAAUUAAAGAUGUUUUAAAAGAUAUUAAGAAAGAAACUGAACCUGAAAGUGAAACACAUGAUAUAAAGUUGCCCGAUGGAACUAAACUAAUUAGUGUCAAUCCGUUAGCACAUCUACUUGGGGAUAAGCAAUUGGAAUUGCCUAAAAAUAAGUAUUAUAAACCAAAGCCUGUUGAUUUUGAAAAGGCGGUGGCUAAAGCAUUGCUUAAUUCAACAAAAGCGACAACACGUAAAAGUAAGAAAAAGAUUAAAGUGGAAGCAGAACAGUAA